CUCCAUCCAUGUCUAAUGUCUUCUCUUGUAGGUUCGAUACUUGUUCAACAAGAGAAACCGUUUGCUUUAUCACCCGGUUCUCAGGCUCAGAGGAAUGUUAGGCGAGUGUGGACAUCGCGCAAAUGCUCUGCUUUGAGCUCCGUUUCUGCUACAGCUAAUGUCGGCCAAGUGUCUACUAGGGCUGCAGAGGAAGAUGUAUUAAAAGCCUUAUCUCAAAUUAUUGACCCUGACUUUGGGACGGACAUUGUUUCAUGUGGUUUUGUGAAGGAUAUGAAUAUAGACAAAGCUUCUGGAGAGGUUUCAUUUCGGUUAGAGCUAACUACACCAGCAUGUCCGAUCAAGGACAUGUUUGAGCAAAAAGCAAAUGAGGUGGUGGCUGCACUUCCCUGGGUUAAAAAGGUCAACGUUACAAUGUCCGCACAACCAGCAAAACCUGCUUUUGUGGGACAACUUCCUGCUGGGCUACAAACAAUAUCAAAUAUUAUAGCAGUAUCAAGUUGCAAGGGAGGAGUAGGAAAGUCAACUGUAGCCGUAAACUUAGCAUACACUUUGGCUGGUAUGGGUGCUAGAGUUGGUAUCUUUGAUGCUGAUGUCUAUGGCCCUAGUUUACCAACAAUGGUUUCUCCCGAAAAUAGGGUACUCGAAAUGAAUCCAGAGAAGAAGUCUAUCAUUCCAACUGAAUACUUGGGAGUAAAGUUGGUCUCUUUUGGAUUUGCUGGACAAGGUCGUGCAAUAAUGAGGGGUCCAAUGGUGUCAGGAGUCAUCAACCAAUUGCUGACCACAGCUGAUUGGGGGGAACUAGAUUAUCUUGUUAUUGACAUGCCACCUGGAACAGGUGAUAUACAUCUCACCUUAUGCCAGGUGGCACCAUUAACUGCUGCUGUCAUAGUUACCACGCCUCAGAAGCUGUCUUUCAUUGAUGUUGCGAAAGGAGUUAGAAUGUUUUCAAAGCUGAAGGUUCCAUGUGUAGCUGUAGUUGAAAACAUGUGCUAUUUUGAUGCUGAUGAGAAACGUUACUAUCCGUUUGGCAGAGGUUCAGGCUCUCAGGUUGUUCAGCAAUUUGGAAUCCCCAAUCUGUUUGAUCUUCCAAUCAGACCAACGCUAUCUGCAUCUGGAGAUAGUGGGAUUCCCGAUGUAGUAGCCGAUCCACUAAGCGAAGUCGCCAAGAUAUUCCAAGACCUUGGUGUUUGUGUUGUGCAACAGUGUGCCAAAAUCCGGCAACAAGUUUCAACAGCAGUAACCUAUGAUAAAUCCCUCAAGGUAAUAAAGGUCAAGGUACCAAAUUCAGAUGAAGAAUUCCUUUUGCAUCCUGCAACCGUAAGACGAAAUGAUCGUUCUGCCCAAAGUGUAGAUGAGUGGACAGGGGAGCAGAAGUUGCAAUUUGCAGAUGUUUCAGAAGAUAUUGAACCUGAAGAAAUUCGUCCAAUGGGAAACUAUGCCGUAUCUAUAACUUGGCCAGAUGGAUUUAGCCAGAUUGCUCCUUAUGAUCAACUGCAAACAAUCGAGCGUCUGGUAGAUAUUCCACUGCCAGCUUCUAUACCUCUAUCGCUGUAAGUGGCCAGCUAAUAUAAAGAGAAAUAAGAACAAUCAAAAUGUAUUUUGAAGCAAUUUAAUCACAUGUUUUAAUCACAUGUUUGUGCUAUUAUUCAGUGACAAGAGUUCGAUUUCA